CUCCAGACCCGCGAUGCGGUGCGCUGAGGAAGGGGUCAUGCCGGUUGAGCAGAAUGCGGAGGAAGAAGCUGAAGUGGCCCCGGGACUUCGUCUCCUGGGGGUGUAUGUGGCCCUGAGCCUGCGGCCGGCGGCGGGCGCCUGGGAACGGUGCCUCGGGUCGGCGGACGCGGAGCCGCUGCUAAACGCCUUCUUCGGACGCGAGGCUGCGGUGGGAUCGAGGCCUUUGCUGGUGGUGCGGCCUGUGCCCGGCGGAUUGGCGUUGCAAGCUGGCCUCGACGUGGGACACGAUUGCUGCCCCCCUUAUCCGAAGGGGCUCUUUUUCCUGCGCACCAAGUUCGAGCAGCCGGGGCCUAACAGUCUCCGGGGCGCAGCGGUGUGUGGGGACCUACCUGCAGCGCCUCUGGAACACCUGGCUGCCUUGUUAUCUGAGGUUGUUAUUCCUAUCUUGGCCAAUGAGAAGAACAAUAUAAACUGGCCCCAGGUGAUAUGUCAAGAUGUCAGGAAUCAUGUUCAUAGCCUCCACAGUGAUCUUCUGGUUAUUCUUGAACAAGUAAAGGGGAAAACUUUAUUACCUCUUCCAAUAGACUCAGAAAAAUUGGAGUUUAUCGAUUCCAAAAGUGAGACUGUGUUGGAUUCUACAGAUAAUACUGUCAUUUAUGCCAUUGAGUCUGCAGUGAUCCAAUGGAGUCACCAAAUUCAGGUUGUACUUGAGAGAGAGUCUUCACAGCUACUGCUGAAAGGCAAGAACCCAACCCCAAAGGUAGAAUUGGAAUUCUGGAAAAGCAGGUCUAAGAAUCUGGAAUGUAUUUAUAAUCAAUUGAGAACACGAAAAGUCAAGAGCAUGGCUGUCCUCUUGGACAAGCUUCAAAGCAGCUACUACCCAGCCUUUCAAGGCAUGACCAGAGAUGUUGUAGCAGCUUUGACAGAGGCACAGGACAUCUACAUUCACUUAAUGCCACUCCACCGUCACCUGGAAACAAUUGAAGGACUGGAGUUUCCAGAGGUAAAGCCAUGGCUGCGACCUCUGCUUCAUGUAGUCUGUCUGAUUUGGGCCACUUGCAAGUUCUACCAUGCACCAGGGCGGCUAACUGUACUACUCCAGGAGAUCUGCAACCUCCUCAUUCAACAGGCAACUAAUUAUCUUGGCCAAGAAGAUCUCCUGAGCAGUGAAAUAGAAGAGAGUCAGAAAAAACUACAUGUGGUUGUGAAUACGCUGAACUACUUCAAGCAUGUAUUUUGGGAUAGAAGGAAGAAUCUCCAUCUAUACUUCAAAGAUAACCAGAAAGUCAGGGAAUGGGAUUUUCAGUCUUCAUUUGUGUUUAUGCGAUUGGAUUGCUUCUUGGAAUGUCUACACCUGGUUGAAAAUCUUCUAAAUACGUCUUUGGAUUUCCACACACUGGGAAAGCUUGAGUUUAGUGGAAUCAAUGGCAAUAUCUUGAGCCAUCAGGUUCAACAAAUGUACAAUGAAUUUCAAGAGAUGUAUAAAGUAUUCUCAGAAUCAUCGUAUAACUGCUUGGACCCUCAAAACAUGGAAUUUAAAAAUGAUAUAUUUAAAUUUAAUCAGAGAGUUGAAGACCUUGACCGAAAAAUGGGGACUAUAUUUAUUCAAGCAUUUGAUGAUAUCCCUGAUUUGGAGCAUGCCUUUAAGCUGCUAGACAUAGCAGGAAAUCUCCUUAAAAGACCCCUGAUAGCACAAGAUGCACCCAAUAGAUAUUUGAUGCUCAUCCAAGCAUUCAAUAAAGAACUUGAUGCUGUGAGGACAAUCUACAGUAAGCAUGUCCAGGAGGAGGCUGAAAUUGGAUUCUCCUCAGUGCACAAGAACAUGCCUACUGUGGCUGGUGGUCUUCGUUGGGCUCAGGAACUGAGGCAGCGCAUCCAGGGUCCCUUCAACAACUUCAGUCAGAUUACACAUCUAUGCCUAGAAUCUGCUGAAGGAAAACAAAUGAAAAAACAAUAUGAAGACAUGGUCUCAUUGCUGGAAAAGUAUGAAACAAGACUCUAUGAAGAUUGGUGUGAUACAGUAGCAGAGAAGUCUCAAUAUAAUCUUUCUCAGUCUCUUCUGAAACGUGACCCAGAGACAAAACAUAUAACAGUCAACUUUAACCCACAGCUGAUUUCUGUGUUGAAAGAAAUGAGUUAUCUUGAACCUAGGCAUUUGAAGCACAUCCCUGAGACUGCAACUGCCAUGUUUUCUGCCAGGAAAUUUUAUCAACAACUUGUUGCUAAUUUGGAAUUAAUGACAAAUUGGUACAACAAGCUUAUGAAAUCUCUGCUAGAGGUUGAAUUUCCAUUAGUGGAGAAGGAACUGGAAAAUAUUGACUUCUGCUUAAGAGCUGCAGAGGAGACUCUGAACUGGAAAUCAGAAGGUGUUUGGGAUUAUGUGACUCAAAUCACCAGUAGUAUUCAUAAUCUUGAACAAAAAAUUCAGAAAACUAAAAACAACUUGGAAGAGAUCCAAAACAUUAUGAAAACAUGGGUAUCUCCAAUAUUUAAAAAAAAAGAAAGAAAAGAAUUUCUUCUUUCUCUGGAUGAUCAGAAUGAUCAAAUGGAAAAAUAUUACAGUCUCAUCAAAGAAUCUGGCAUUAAGAUGCAUGCUCUUGUUCAGGAAAAUUUGGUUCUGUUUUCAGCAGACUCAACCUCCAAUAUCUGGAAGACAUAUGUCAGUUACAUUGAUGAUAUGUUGCUGGAUGGAUUCUUUCGUGCCAUUGAGUGCUCCCUUAAGUACCUCCUCGAAAAUACUGAAUGUAAGACAGGGCUCACCCCUAUAUUUGAAGCACAAUUGAGUCUAGAAAUACCAGAAUUAAUUUUCUAUCCAUCUAUGGAUUCUGAAGUAAAGUGGAGUUUCCAUAACAUUGUUGAAAGCUUUAUCACCAAUAUUUUUGGAAUAUCAGCUUUGGUGCCUCGACUUUCCCCACAAACAGGCUGUCCUCACUAUCAGGUUGCCAUGGAAGGCAUGGCUGAUUUGGCUAGCAUGCAGUACAUGAUCAUGGAGAGGGUCCAGAGCAUGACUACUCGUUGUUGCAACUAUCGGAACACCUUUAGCCAAUAUUCCUAUCUCUAUGUUGAGGACCCGAAGGAGCUUCUGCAUCAGUUUCUCUUGUAUGGUCAUGUUUUAACACCUGAAGAAAUUGAAAUACAUGCAGAAGAUGGCAUUCUUGAGAACCCACCUACUCUUCAGCAGUUUAAAGCACAAAUUGACUUCUAUGAAAAAUUGUAUGAAGAAAUGUGCAGACUGGAGCCCAUCAAGAUAUUUGACAGCUGGAUGAAGAUUGAUGUGCGGCCCUAUAAAGCAUCUCUUCUAAAUAUAAUUAAGAAAUGGAGCCUCAUGUUCAAACAACAUCUUGUUGAUCAUGUCACUAAUAGCUUGUCUGAUCUUGAAGAAUGUAUAAGAAGUAGUGAAUGUGGUUUGCUCAAGAAAGUUGAAAAAGGAGAUUUCAAAGGACUAGUUGAGAUUAUGGGACAUCUUAUGUCUCUUAAAGAACGACAGACCAGCACUGAUGAGAUGUUUGAACCAUUAAAGCAAACAAUUGACUUGCUGAUGACAUAUGAGCAAGAAUUACCGGAAACAGUAUUUAGACAACUGGAGGAACUGCCUGAGAAAUGGAACAACAUAAAAAAGAUGGCUGUUACUGUGAGGCAACAGGUGGCCCCAUUGCAGGCAAAUGAAGUGACCCUCCUUCGUCAGAGGUGCAUAGCCUUUGACAUUGAACAGCAGCAAUUCUGGGAGCACUUCCACAAUGAGGCUCCAUUUAAAUUUGAUAGCCUUGACCCACAUAAAAUACUGGAUGAAAGGCAUAUUGACAUCCUGCAAAUGGAAUCCAACAUGGCCUCCAUUUCUGAGUCAGCCAGCUUGUUUGAAGUAAAUAUUCCUGAUUACAAGCAACUGAAAGAGUGCAGAAAAGAGGUUUGUCAACUGAAGGAACUCUGGGACACUAUAGGGAUUGUGACUUCUAGUAUCCAUGCCUGGGAGAAUACCAAAUGGAGGGAUAUAAAUGUUGAGGCCAUGGAUUUGGAGUGCAAACGGUUUUCUAGACAACUAAGACAUUUUGAUAAGAAGAUAAGAUCAUGGGAUGCAUUUACAGGCCUAGAAAGGGUGGUAUUGAACACCUUGACCUCCUUAAGAGCAGUAGCUGAAUUGCAGAAUCCAGCCAUUCGUGAAAGGCACUGGAGACAGCUGAUGCAAAUCACUGGUGUAAGUUUCAUCAUGGAUGAAAAUACAACUCUGGCACAACUCCUACAUCUCCAGCUGCACCAUUUUGAGGAUGAAGUCCAAGGUAUCGUAGACAAAGCUGUGAAAGAGAUGGGUAUGGAGAAGAUAUUAAAAGAGCUUCAGAUCACGUGGGCUGGCAUGGAAUUCCAUUAUGAGUUCCACCUACGAACCAGUGUUCCCCUUCUACAGUCUGAUGAGGAUCUCAUAGAAGUUCUGGAAGAUAACCAAGUCCAACUUCAGAACCUAAUGAUGUCCAAAUACAUUGCAUUCUUCCUGGAGGAAGUGUCUGCAUGGCAGAAGAAGUUAUCCAUAGCUGAUGCUGUCAUCUCUAUCUGGUUUGAUGUUCAGCGCACAUGGUCUCAUCUGGAAAGUAUAUUCAUUGGAUCUGAUGAUAUUAGAGCUCAGCUGCCCCAGGAUUCUGAAAGAUUUGAAGGCAUUGACUUUGACUUUAAGGAACUAGCAUAUGAUGCUCAAAAAACUCCAAAUGUAAUUGAAGCCACCAAUAAAUCAGGUUUUUAUGAAAAAUUGGAAGAUAUUCAAAAUAGAUUAUCCCUGUGUGAGAAGGCUUUGGCAGAAUACCUGGAUAUGAAAAGGCUUGCCUUUCCUAGGUUUUAUUUUCUCUCCUCCUCUGACUUGUUAGACGUCCUUUCCAAUGGCACAGUUCCGCAACAGGUUCAACGCCACCUUUCCAAACUCUUUGACAAUAUAGCCAAGAUGAAAUUCCAGCAAGACAAUAGUGAAAUAACAUCUAAGAUCAGUCUUGGUAUGUACAGCAAAGAAGAAGAAUAUGUGGCUUUCAGUGAACCCUGUGACUGCAGUGGGCAGGUAGAAAUAUGGUUGAACCAUGUACUUGCUCACAUGAAAGCAACUGUGAGGCAUGAGAUGACUGAAGGUGUAACUGCCUAUGAAGAAAAGCCAAGGGAACAAUGGCUCUUUGAUUAUCCAGCUCAGGUAGCCCUGACCUGCACUCAGAUCUGGUGGACAACUGAGGUAGGCAUUGCAUUUUCCAGACUGGAAGAAGGUUAUGAGAAUGCCAUGAAGGACUAUUACAAAAAGCAAGUAGUCCAACUUAAAACACUCAUCACCAUGUUGAUUGGCCAGCUUUCCAAGGGGGACCGACAGAAGAUUAUGACCAUAUGCACCAUUGAUGUGCAUGCACGGGAUGUAGUGUCCAAAAUGAUUGCUCAGAAGGUAGAAAAUGCUCAGGCUUUUCUCUGGCUAUCUCAGCUGCGACAUCGGUGGGAUGAUGAGGAUAAACAUUGUUUUGCCAAUAUCUGUGAUGCCCAGUUUUUAUAUUCCUAUGAGUAUCUGGGAAAUACACCUCGCCUAGUGAUCACACCUUUGACAGAUAGGUGUUACAUCACUCUUACCCAGUCUCUGCACCUAACUAUGAGUGGAGCUCCAGCAGGACCUGCAGGAACAGGCAAGACAGAGACCACUAAGGACCUGGGUCGAGCACUGGGAAUCAUGGUCUAUGUAUUUAACUGCUCAGAACAGAUGGAUUAUAAGUCUUGUGGAAACAUUUAUAAGGGUCUAGCACAGACUGGUGCCUGGGGCUGUUUUGAUGAAUUUAAUCGAAUCUCUGUCGAAGUCCUGUCAGUGGUGGCAGUGCAGGUAAAAAGCAUUCAAGAUGCAAUUCGUGAUAAGAAGCAGCACUUCAAUUUCCUUGGGGAAGAGAUUAGCCUGAAUCCUUCUGUGGGUAUCUUCAUCACUAUGAAUCCAGGCUAUGCUGGCCGUACAGAACUACCUGAGAAUCUCAAGGCUCUUUUUAGGCCUUGUGCAAUGGUUGUUCCAGACUUUGAGUUAAUCUGUGAAAUCAUGUUGGUGGCAGAAGGAUUUAUUGAAGCUCGUUUAUUAGCCAGAAAGUUUAUCACUCUUUACCAGUUGUGCAAAGAGCUUCUCUCUAAACAGGAUCAUUAUGACUGGGGACUUCGAGCCAUCAAGUCUGUACUGGUGGUUGCAGGAUCCCUGAAACGUGGAGAUCCUGACCGCCCUGAAGACCAAGUACUGAUGCGAUCCUUGAGAGAUUUUAACAUUCCCAAAAUAGUGACAGAUGACAUGCCAGUAUUCAUGGGCCUGAUUGGAGACCUCUUUCCCUCUCUGGAUGUUCCACGUAAAAGAGACCUCAAUUUUGAAGCCUUGGUUAGGAAGGCAGUGGUAGAGCUGAAACUCCAAGCUGAGGAUAACUUUGUGCUUAAGGUGGUCCAGCUGGAGGAACUAUUGGCAGUGCGGCAUUCUGUGUUUGUAGUGGGAAGUGCUGGAACAGGCAAGUCUCAGGUACUGAGAUGCUUGCACAAGACCUAUCAGAUCAUGAAACGUCGCCCUGUGUGGACUGAUCUAAACCCAAAAGCAGUCACAAAUGAUGAACUGUUUGGCAUCAUCAAUCCAGCAACACGAGAAUGGAAGGAUGGACUGUUUUCAUCCAUUAUGCGUGAGCUUGCGAACAUCACUCAUGAUGGGCCUAAAUGGAUAUUACUAGAUGGUGAUAUAGAUCCAAUGUGGAUUGAGUCUCUGAACACUGUUAUGGAUGACAACAAGGUAUUGACUCUGGCAAGCAAUGAGAGGAUCCCUCUGAAUCCUACAAUGAGACUUCUCUUUGAAAUCAGUCACCUGCACACAGCAACACCAGCAACUGUCUCCAGAGCAGGGAUCCUAUAUAUCAACUCAGCAGACCUGGGGUGGAAUUCUCCUGUGAGUAGCUGGAUUGACAAGAGGGAAAUUCAGACAGAGAGAGCCAACCUAACUAUUCUAUUUGAUAAAUACCUUCCAACCUGCUUAGACACACUCAGAACCAGAUUUAAGAAGAUAAUCCCAAUUCCAGAGCAGAGCAUGGUUCAGAUGUUGUGCCGCCUUCUUGAAUGUCUGCUGACUAAGGAGGGCAUCACUGCUGACUGCCCUAAAGAAACAUAUGAGCUUUAUUUUGUGUUUGCUGCUAUUUGGGCUUUUGGAGGCGCAAUGGUCCAAGAUCAGAUCAUGGAUUAUAGAGCAGAAUUCAGCAAAUGGUGGUUAACAGAAUUCAAGACAAUCAAGUUUCCCUUCCAGGGAACCAUCUUUGACUACUACAUUGACCCAGAAACUAAGAAAUUUGAGCCUUGGUCUAAGCUCAUUCCUCAGUUUGAAUUUGACCCUGAGAUUCCUUUGCAGGCUUGCUUGGUGCACACAGCUGAAACCAUUCGAGUGUGCUACUUUCUGGAUCGACUUUUGGAGCAUCGGCAGCCAGUCAUGCUGGUAGGAACAGCAGGCACGGGCAAGUCUGUGCUGGUGGGAACUAAGCUGGCCAGCCUAGAUUCUGAUGAAUACUUGGUGAAAAAUGUGCCAUUUAAUUAUUACAGCACAUCAGCAAUGCUGCAGGCUGUCUUGGAAAAGCCUCUAGAAAAAAAGGCUGGCAGAAAUUAUGGCCCACCAGGCAAUAAGAAGCUUAUAUAUUUCAUUGAUGAUAUGAACAUGCCAGAGGUGGAUGCCUAUGGAACUGUGCAACCACACACUAUAAUCAGGCAACAUCUGGACUAUGGACACUGGUAUGAUAGGAAUAAGUUGUCUCUGAAGGAAAUUACAAAUGUCCAGUACAUUACAUGUAUGAACCCCACUGCAGGUAGCUUUACCAUCAACCCUCGACUUCAGCGUCACUUCAGUGUGUUUGUCCUCUCCUUUCCUGGAGUUGAUGCUCUCUCCACCAUCUACAGCACAAUUCUAAUCCAACACCUAAGGCUUGGAAAAUUCCCAGUAUCAUUGCAGAAAUCCAUUCCACAGCUGAUCCAUCUGGCCCUUACCUUCCACCAAAAAAUCUCCACCACAUUUUUACCAACAGCAAUCAAAUUCCAUUACAUAUUCAAUCUCAGAGACUUCACCAAUAUUUUCCAGGGCAUUCUCUUUUCCUCAGUGGAUUGUCUUAAAUCUACACAAGAUCUAAUAAAGCUUUAUCUGCAUGAGUCAAAUCGAGUAUAUCGAGAUAAGAUGGUAGAAGAAAAGGACUUAGAAGUUUUUGAUAAAAUUCAGAUAGAAGUCGUCAAGAAAAUUUUUGAUAAUAUUGAAAUGACUAUGGAGGAGAUACGAAACCUGAAUAUAUAUUGUCACUUUGCAAAUGGUAUUGGUGAGCCCAAGUAUAUGCCUGUAAAAUCAUGGGAAUUAUUGACCCAGACUCUUGUUGAAGCUUUGCAAAACUACAAUGAAGUCAACAGUGUAAUGGAUCUAGUUCUCUUUGAGGAUGCCAUGCGUCAUGUCUGUCAUAUCAAUCGCAUCUUGGAGUCCCCUCGGGGAAAUGCUCUGUUGGUAGGUGUUGGUGGCAGUGGAAAGCAGAGUUUGACAAAGCUUGCAGCUUUUAUCAGCUCCAUGGAUAUAUUCCAGAUUACACUGAGGAAAGGUUACGAGAUCCCUGAUUUUAAGGUGGAUCUGGCAGGAUUGUGCUUGAAAGCCGGAAUAAAGAAUCUCAGCACAGUGUUUCUAAUGACAGAUAGUCAAGUGGCUGAUGAGAAAUUUCUGGUACUCAUUAAUGAUCUCUUGUCAUCUGGAGAAAUCCCAGAUCUCUACUCUGAUGAUGAAGUUGAAAACAUCAUAAGCAAUUUAAGUAAUGAAGUCAAAAGUCAAGGUCUAGUUGAUAACAGAGAGCACUGCUGGAAAUUUUUUAUAGAUCGUGUCCGAAAACAACUGAAGGUGACUCUUUGUUUCUCCCCCGUUGGAAGUACAUUAAGGAUUCGAAGCAGAAAGUUCCCAGCCAUUGUAAACUGCACAGCCAUUGAUUGGUUUCAUGCAUGGCCUCAGCAGGCACUGGAGACAGUCAGCCUCUGCUUUUUGCAAAAGUCAGAAAAUAUUGAGCCCACAUUUAAACAGUCAAUUAGCCAGUUCAUGGCUUUUGUCCACACAAGUGUCAAUCAAAUAUCCCUGUCAUAUCUGAGAAAUGAACAGCGCUACAAUUACACCACUCCCAAGUCAUUCCUGGAAUUCAUCAGGCUAUACCAGAGCUUGCUGCAGAAAAAUGAAAAAGACCUCAAGUUUAAAAUGGAACGUCUUGAGCAAGGGCUGCUGAAACUCCAUAGCACUUCUGCUCAGGUGGAUGAUCUGAAAGCAAAACUGGCAAAUCAAGAAGUGGAACUAAAGCAAAAGAAUGAAAAUGCAGACAAAUUGAUUAAUGUGGUAGGCAUCGAGACUGACAAAGUGAGCAGAGAGAAAGCCAUUGCAGAUGAAGAAGAGCAAAAGGUGGCCCUUAUUAUGAUAGAGGUAAAGCAAAAACAGAAGGACUGUGAAGAAGAUCUGGCCAAAGCAGAACCAGCACUUAUUGCAGCCCAAGCAGCUCUCAACACUCUUAAUAAGACCAAUUUGACAGAGCUAAAGUCAUUUGGCUCUCCACCUCUAGCUGUCAGCAAUGUCAGUGCUGCUGUAAUGACACUCAUGGCCCCUGGUGGCAAAGUGCCCAAGGAUCGUAGCUGGAAGGCAGCUAAAGUCAGUAUGGCCAAAAUAGAUGGCUUCCUGGACUCACUAACUAAUUUUGAUAAAGAAAAUAUUCAUGAGAACUGCCUCAAAGCGAUCAGGCCAUAUCUGCAAGAUCCUGAAUUCAAUCCAGAAUUUGUGGCCACCAAGUCUCAUGCAGCUGCAGGUCUCUGCUCUUGGGUUAUAAAUAUUGUGAAGUUCUAUGAGGUGUUUUGUGAAGUGGAACCAAAGCGUCAAGCAUUGAACAAAGCCACAUCAGAACUUACUACUGCUCAGGAGAAGCUUGCAGUUAUUAAAAACAAGAUUGUUCACCUUAAUGAAAACCUGGCAAAACUCACAGCCAAAUUUGAGAAAGCUACAGCAGACAAACUCAAAUGUCAGCAAGAAGCUGAAGUGACUGCAGGUACCAUCUCACUUGCAAAUCGCCUGGUGGGAGGACUUGCUUCUGAAAAUGUGAGAUGGGCAGAAACUGUGAAGAACUUCAAACAACAGGAAAGAAAAUUAUGUGGAGAUAUAUUGCUUAUUACAGCUUUCAUUUCAUACCUUGGUUACUUUACAAAAAAAUAUCGGCAGAAGCUCAUGGACAGGAUCUGGAGACCUUACCUAAACCAGCUGGAUGUUCCCAUACCAGUCACCCCCACCUUGGAUCCCCUGAGAAUGCUGACUGAUGAUGCUGAUGUGGCUGUUUGGCAGAAUGAGGGCCUCCCUGCAGACCACAUGUCUAUGGAAAAUGCCACCAUUCUUAUUAACUGUGAACGUUGGCCACUGAUGGUUGAUCCUCAGCUACAAGGCAUCCAAUGGAUCAAGAACAAAUAUGGCAAAGAUCUUCAGGUCACUAAGAUUGGUCAGAAGGGCUACCUUCAAACAAUAGAGCAUGCCCUUGAAGCUGGAGAUGUGGUACUGAUUGAAAACCUAGAAGAAUCCAUUGAUCCUGUUCUGGGACCGCUGCUUGGCAGAGAAGUUGUUAAAAAGGGACGAUUCAUUAAAAUUGGAGACAAAGAAUGUGAAUAUAAUCCCAAAUUCCAGCUCAUUCUUCACACUAAGCUGGCCAACCCUCACUACCAGCCAGAGCUACAGGCUCAGACUACAUUAAUCAACUUCACUGUAACCAGAGAAGGCCUGGAGGACCAGCUGUUGGCUGCUGUGGUCAGCAUGGAAAGGCCCGACCUGGAACAAUUAAAGUCAGAGCUCACAAAACAGCAGAAUGAAUUCAAAAUCACUCUCAAAACAUUGGAAGACAACCUGCUCUCUCGCCUUUCCUCAGCAUCUGCAAAUUUUCUGGGAGAAACUGCCUUGGUGGAGAACCUUGAAAUCACCAAGAAGACAGCUGCAGAAAUUGAGAAAAAGGUACAGGAGGCCAAGUUGACUGAAAUGAAAAUCAAUGAUGCUCGUGAACACUAUAGACCUGCAGCUGCCCAAGCCUCUGUGCUCUACUUCAUCAUGAAUGACCUCAGCAAGAUCCAUCCAAUGUACCAAUUUUCUCUCAAGGCCUUCAAUAUUAUCUUCCACAAGGCUGUGAAAAAGGCUGCUCCUAAUGAGAACCUCAAGGAGCGAGUGACCAAUCUAAUAGACAGCAUCACCUUCUCUCUGUACCAAUAUACCACCCGUGGGCUCUUUGAGUGCGAUAAGCUCACCUACCUUGCUCAGCUUACCUUUCAGAUUCUGCUUAUGAAUAAAGAAGUUAGAACAGCAGAGUUGGACUUUCUUCUUCGAUCUUCAGUACAGACAGGCAUCACCAGUCCAUUAGAGUUCUUAUCCCAUCAAGCUUGGGGUAAUAUUAAGACACUUUCAUCAAUGGAAGAAUUCCAUAAUCUGGACCGGGACAUUGAAGGAUCUGCCAAGAGUUGGAAAAAAUUUGUGGAAUCAGAAUGUCCUGAAAAGGAGAAGUUUCCACAGGAGUGGAAAAACAAGACAGCUUUACAACGCCUCUGUAUGAUGAAAGCUUUGAGGCCUGACAGGAUGACCUAUGCUGUGAGAGAUUUUGUUGAGGAAAAGUUAGGAAGCAAAUACGUGGGGGGAAGAGCACUAGAUUUUGCAACCUCGUUUGAAGAAUCAGGACCAUCUACUCCCAUGUUUUUUAUCCUGUCUCCAGGAGUGGAUCCACUGAAAGAUGUGGAAAAUCAAGGUAAAAAACUUGGAUAUACUUUCAACAAUCAGAAUUUUCACAAUGUAUCUUUGGGGCAAGGACAGGAGGUAGUAGCUGAGGCCACGCUGGACCUGGCUGCCAAGAAAGGUCACUGGGUUAUUUUGCAGAACAUCCACUUAGUAUCCAAGUGGCUCAGUACACUGGAGAAGAAGCUGGAGGAACAUAGCAAAAACAGCCACCCAGAACUUAGAGUCUUUAUCAGUGCAGAGCCAGCACCUUCACUUGAAAGCCAUAUCAUCCCCCAAGGCAUCCUGGAAAAUUCCAUUAAGAUCACCAAUGAGCCUCCUACAGGCAUGCAUGCCAACCUUCACAAGGCCCUGGAUAACUUUACACAGGAUACCCUGGAUAUGUGUACCAGAGAAAUGGAGUUUAAGAGUAUCCUCUUCGCUCUUUGCUACUUUCAUGCAGUGGUGGCAGAAAGACGAAAGUUUGGACCCCAAGGAUGGAAUCGUUCUUACCCCUUCAACACUGGGGACCUUACCAUCUCUGUGAAUGUUCUUUACAACUUCCUGGAGGCUAAUGCAAAGGUCCCCUAUGAUGAUUUGCGCUACCUCAUUGGAGAAAUUAUGUAUGGAGGACAUAUCACAGAUGACUGGGACAGGAGACUCUGCAGAACUUAUCUUGAGGAAUUCAUCAAACCAGAAAUGUUAGAAGGAGAUCUGCAUUUGGCCCCAGGUUUUACCCUCCCAGGAAACAUGGAUUAUAAUGGAUAUCAUCAGUAUAUUGAUGCUGAGCUGCCUCCAGAAUCACCAUACCUCUAUGGUCUACAUCCAAAUGCAGAAAUUGGCUUCCUGACCCAGACAUCAGAGAAACUUUUCCUUACUCUGCUGGAGCUACAGCCCCAGGAUAGCCAAGUUGGAGAUGGGACAGGCUCCUUAAGAGAUGAAAAGGUCAAAAUUCUCCUAGAAGAAUUACUGGAGCGGCUAACAGAAGAAUUUAAUAUCCCAGAACUGAUGGCCAAAGUGGAGGAGCGCACCCCUUACAUUGUGGUUGCAUUCCAGGAGUGUGAACGGAUGAAUCUACUCACCAGAGAGAUACAGCGCUCACUACGGGAACUAGAACUUGGCUUAAAGGGAGAACUAACGAUGACCAGUGACAUGGAGAACUUACAGAAUGCUCUGUUCCUAGACACUGUGCCAGAUUCCUGGGUCAGACGAGCUUAUCCUUCCACAGCAGGUCUUGCAGUCUGGUUUUGGGACGUCCUCAGCAGAAUCAAGGAACUGGAAAUUUGGAUUGGAGAUUUUGCAAUGCCCUCCACUGUGUGGCUGACAGGCUUCUUCAAUCCCCAGUCCUUUCUGACUGCCAUCAUGCAGUCCAUGGCUCGGAAGAAUGAGUGGCCCCUGGACAAGAUGACCCUGCAAUGUGAUGUAACAAAGAAAACCAAAGAAGAAAUCAGAAGCCCUCCUCGUGAAGGGGCUUAUGUCCAUGGUCUCUUUAUGGAAGGUGCUCGCUGGGAUGCUCAGGUUGGAAUAAUUACAGAGGCCAAGUUGAAGGAUCUGACACCUCUCAUGCCUGUGAUAUACAUCAAAGCCAUUCAGACAGAUAAACAAGAUUGCCGCAGCAUCUAUGCCUGUCCUGUGUAUAAGACUUGUCAACGGGGACCCACUUAUGUAUGGACUUUCAACUUGAAGACUAAGGAGAACCCAUCUAAGUGGGUUCUAGCUGGAGUAGCUUUGCUUCUCCAAAUAUAGCUACCUGCAGAAAAAGGGAGAAAAUAGUACUGAGCUGGAAGUUAUCCAAAGAAGGAUCACAGAUAGGGUAUCAAAAGUACUCACAAUUCUUUAGAAUUCUGUUAGGGAACUUGAC